UAUUCCGGUCCUUGUCAAACUAAAACGUGUCAUUACCGUCCAAUAUUAAUGUCAUACGUCGAUAACCUUUUAAAAUUCCAAAUUGACAGCUUUAACGCUAACGUUACAUACUUUCAUGUCGAGUUAGGAAAGCUAUUAAGCUCUGUGUAAUAAACUUGGUGCUGUGGUUUAGCUGCUACAGUAACGUUAUGUGAUGUGUUAGUUAUGCCGCUGUUGCCCCGCAAUGAAGAAUGAUAUAUGGGAGCUAGCUUGCGUUAGCGCUACCGCUUAGCUGUCGUUUAUAGACCUCCACGGUAGCUAAGUAUGCAUUUAUUAAGACAGGUGGUGAACAGACCAACCUAAUCUACCCACCAGCCGACUAGGGAGUCUGGCCUUUGUUUACCUGCCUCUCAGGUAAUAGGGGAGCAGGGGGCAGGGCCACCCACGCAGUAGGAGGGAUGCCUGUGGAGGGCGGAAGCAGCAGCGGCUCUGCUUCAGCUGCCCGUCACCCCAAGCAGAAGCGGAAGGCUCACAGUCUGUCUAUCCGGCGCACCAACAGCACAGAGGAGAGGCCACUAGGCGUCCAAAGAGGAGACAUGCUGGAGGGACAGGACUCGAAACUGCCCCUCUCCUUACGGAACAACCUUCUAGACCUUUUUGGCCAGAUUGAGCGCGAGUUUGAAAAUCUCUACAUUGAAAACCUUGAAUUACGCCGGGAAAUUGACUCUCUGAAUGAGCGUCUGACCGGAGAUGGACAGACUAUUGAGGGAGGAGACCCCACCAAAGGAGCUCUGAAAACAAAAGCCAGUCACAGCACCAGUCAACUGUCACAGAAGCUGAAGACGACCUACAAAGCCUCCACCAGCAAGAUUGUGUCCAGUUUUAAAGCCACAGCCGGGUCCCGUGCUUUGUGCCAGCUGCUCAAGGAGUAUGUGGGCCACCGGGAUGGGAUCUGGGACCUCAGCAUCACCCGCACUCAGCCAGUAGUCCUAGGCACCGCUUCUGCAGAUCACUCAGCUUUGCUGUGGAGUAUAGAGACUGGGAAAUGUCUGCUGAGGUAUGCUGGCCACGCAGGAUCAGUCAACUCCAUCAAGUUCCAUCCUACUGAGCAGAUGGCCCUCACAGCCUCUGGGGACCAGACGGCUCACAUCUGGCGCUACAUGGUGCAGCUUCCUGCCCCCCAGCCACCACCAGAUGUCAGUGCUCCGUGUGAUGACGACCAGGACUCGUCGGACAGAGAAGAAGGUGAGGUGGAUGGCGAAGGCCCUUGCGAGGUGCCCACCGUCCGGCUCGCUACAGCAACCCUGAAGAGCCACCAGGGUGUAGUGAUCGCAGCCGAUUGGUUGGUGGGAGGCCGACAGGUGGUGACCGCUUCCUGGGAUCGUGCUGCCAACUUGUAUGAGGUGGAGACGUCUGAGCUUGUUCACACACUCACUGGACAUGACCAGGAGCUGACCCACUGCUGUACCCACCCCAGCCAGCGGCUGGUGGUCACUUCAUCCAGAGACACCACCUUUAGACUGUGGGACUUUAGAGACCCGUCCAUCCACUCUGUCAAUGUCUUCCAGGGACACACUGACACGGUGACGUCGGCAGUGUUCACAGUGGGUGACAAUGUGGUUUCAGGGAGUGACGAUCGCACCGUCAAGGUGUGGGACUUGAAGAACAUGAGGUCGCCUAUAGCAACCAUCCGCACUGACUCAGCUGUGAACAGGAUAAGCGUCUCUGCCAACCAGAGGAUCAUCGCUCUGCCACACGACAAUCGUCAAGUACGACUGUUUGACAUGAGUGGAGUGAGGCUGGCCAGACUACCACGCAGCAACAGAAUGGGUCACCGGCGAAUGGUGUGUUGUACAGCGUGGAAUGAGGAGAACCAGUCGUGCAACCUGUUCACCUGCGGCUUCGACCGACAGGCCAUCGGGUGGAACAUCAACAUCCCCGCCCUGCUGCAGGAGAAGUGACGCCCCUGAUACACACACACGCACACACACACACGCACACAACAGAAACACACAGUAAAGUAGGAGACGGAACAAUGUAAUCUGUGGCCUCACACAUGCCAGAAUUUUUAAAGUGUUUACCCAUUGAAAGAUUUUAGUAAUCCACAGAUUUUCAGCUGCUAUUGUGUGAGGAUGCAGCUAUUAAUAUUGAUUGAUAAGAGCAUAUUCCCCAGAUGGAUUACUCUGUCAUUUAGUGUACACAUAUGCAGUCCAGUCCUGCAGCACAUCUUCUGGUGUUAAAGACUGAAACGGUUCCAACAUUUUGAAGUCAAAGUGAGUGCGAGGCCACAGAGUUGAUCUCCUGCAUUUGACCCUUUCACAUAUUUAGCAUGCGUUGUGACUCGUGACACGGCUAGGCGGAUUCUUUCAUUCCUAGCCUUUUCUGUUUUAUAAUAUAAAAGUAUAUAUUUGACUCCACAGUCAUGGGCUGCUGUUCACAUCACUGUUGUUUAGUUACUGCUGAAUGGUUGCUAUUGCAUGUAGAUAAUCUCGAUUUGCAAAUGUUACUUGUAAAGAUGUGAGAGAACAAUUAAAAGGCCAGUAGAGUGUGUAGAAUAUCAUAGAAAGAACUUGUAUGUAAAUAUUAUGUCGUGGCCUGAUUAAGUGACCUGUGUUGCAGGUUAUUGCUGUUUCAUGGAUUAAGUGUCUUACAGUUAUCUACCUUUUGAAAGUGGAGUUUGGCAGAGGUAGCUUGAUUCUGUGAAAUGUUUUUAUUCUUUUAGUCUAGUCUAGACCUGAAAUCUUUAUCAUGGAACACAGCUUAUGAUAUUCUGCGCAGCAUGGUUCAUUUAAUUGUCACAAAAUGUCUCAAACUGGAUCUGCUGUCCUGUCUGUAGGUCUAACUCCUUAUAGGGACUGUUCAGAUUCUUUAAAGUGGGGUUGUAUGAGGUACUGAUCCAUAGUCACUGUAUGACAUUAGUAAAGUUGGCAGCUCCCCCAGUUUUUAGUAAUUUAGCCACUCUAAAAAAUGGCCACAUAAAAACAUCAAUAUCAGUUUAAGUGUACGCAAUGUUUUUUGGGCUUUUUAGGCCUUUAUUGACAGGACAACUGGAGAAGUAAAAGGGGGAGAGAGGGGCGGAAUGACAUGGAGCAAAGGGCCGCGGGUCGGAGUGGAAACCUAUAUAUGGGCACACGCUCCGCCAACUGAGCUACCCGGGCGCCCAACAGCUUUCUAAUUCUCCAAACUGGGGGUGUGCUGACCGCCAUCUACUCUAGGUAAUACACUCGACCCCAUGUCAAAAAAUCCAAACAGUCCCUUUAAGACUCAAGUUCUUGCCUAUUACCUUUGAUGCUUUCAAUUCACAGCCAGCCUCCAGAUUUCCAGAUUUUGUUGUCAAUAUUUCAAAUGAUACUGCAACUCCGCCUUGUUCCAUGUUUACAGUAGGAUAUGAUUUUUAAAGAAUUACUUCAUUCUGCCUCUCUGUCAGACAGCAACGUGUCAAGAGCAUAGCAAUAAUGGGAAAACAACUGCACUUCUGUUGUUCUUUUGUAGGUCUGUGAAUGGGAUGCGUUCAACAUUAUCAUCAUUUAGUAUUUACUGUAUGUUGCAGGUUUAGGUGUCACUACUUGGAGCCAUAAUAUGAGCCCAUGUUUCAGUGGAAUACCCAUCCUCUUCAUCCUGUUGCCAACUCAGAGCCCUGUGUUGCUGUAAUGUGUCAUCCCCAGGUUAACUCGUUGAUUACUGGUCAUCGCUGUGCUUCAGAUACGCCUUGCAACAUAAAGUUAUAGUGUUUACACUAUUCAAUGAACUUUUAGACCUCUUGGACCUUUUGUUGUAGAUGGCACUGUUAAGUCUUUAAUCCAAAUUCUGAAGCAAUAACCCAGCUCCUUAUGUUUCUGGUGCCCAUUUAUGUCUUGGAAAUCAGUGAAUAUGACAAAUACUCACUGAAUCUCUAGAACUAGAACUAGAACUGGGCUUGACCAGAAUCAGGAAACAUUUGUUACACUUGUGCAAUAUCCUAAACACGAUGUCAUGCUGUAGUUUUUGAUCUUCGGUUGUUUAACCUAUUUCAGUGCUGUAAACCCCAUAAAAUGAUUUUAUGUACCGUGUGACUGGUGUAGAUGUAGCUCAGUGUACAGAAGUAACUUUCCCCAAAGUUGGCUUCAUGCUUUACUGCUGUGUCUACCAACAAUAGAGUCAGGAUAGAUUUUAAAGUAGCAUUAACCUAAAAAUGUAAUAAACAUAUUGAAAUGCCUUACCAUUGCAUUGGAAAGGGUGCAUUAGCCUUAUCCAUCUGAGCAUCAAUGCACUGUUCCAAAUCCUUGUUAAAUAACUAAUUGCGUUCCACCACACCAUGCAGAUAGGAUUUUUAUUCCUGUUUCAUUCAUAGAACUCAAUUUCGCACCUAUUGAUAUCAAUGUCAUUUUAAUCUGCAGGUAGAAAGGCAAGUCCGAUUUGCACCCCACAUAUGAAUUCCACCGAAAUGGGAUUUUGGAUUGAUACAUUAAAUUAUCGCGUGCUAGAUUGAAGGGGGUAAAAAAAAAAGAUGAUAGGCUUUGCUUCAUUUUAGCAAAUCAUUCACCUCAAACUUCAUUAUGUGAUCUACUUUGCAUACUUUAUUGUGACGGGUAUGUGCUCUCUGACAUUUUCCAAUAAAAUGUGUGAUAUGCUUU